CAAACAUGCGUCGUUGGCAGCCGGAGGGGGUACUCACCAGCAGAGUGGCGGCAGGGACAGUUAACCAGCUCUAAGGACACUCUCACGCUAGUUGCGACCGCUGUGUGGUUCAAAGUUUUGGGGCUUUCUGUUCGUCACAGAGAAACAAUUAAACGUUUUAGCGACGCGACGCUGUCCGGUUUCCUCACACUGAGGGAUUGCAAUGCCCUCUGACUUUAUCUCCCUUUUCAGCGGGGACCUCGACCUGAAUUCGCCCAGAUCCUUGUACUCUAAAGAGUCAGUGUAUGACCUUCUUCCCAGAGAGCUGCAGUUGCCUUCAUCCACUCAGCAAAGCCCAAAAGUCAUGAGUCAAAAGAGCGGCGGAGAGGCAGGGCCUCUCCCUUCAGCUUCUAUAGCAUCAGAUGCCUCUUCUCUGACCAUGGAAGGCCCUCGCAGUGCUUUUUCCACCUCUUCCAGCUCCACCAUGCAUUCCAGUAAUCUAACCAAUGACCAGAAACCAGUUAAAGCCAGUAAUGUUGAUCCAGACGACACCAGGAGUACCAAAGUGGUACCAGAGGCUGCUGGAGCAGAACGUGGAAAUGGUAACGGCAGGGGCAGCGGCGAGCUAGCAGGAGGAAAAGGUGUAACAACCCAGGAAGGCGCACUGCAUCACCCACUGACCCCAUCAAAGCGUCGCACCGUACUGAACAUCUCGCCACCUCCAGAAGAUUUGUUCGAUGACAGCCGAAUGUCCUGCCAAGAUGACGGGACCCAGGAUACAGAGCAAAGUAACAGCAUCUGGAUGGAUGAAUCUCUGUCCAACUUCAGUGUGACGAGCACGUUGUCUUACAAUGACAACACAGAGGUGCCACGGAAGUCCCGCAAACGUACCCCUCGUCAAAGGCCCGGCCCCAAGACGGUGCCACCAGGGGAGGGCAGCAUGGACGUGUUUGAUGCAGACAGUGCCAAAGGCCCACACUUUGUCCUGUCACAGCUAGGCCCUGACAGCAAGGGAGGACAUAAAGGAAGCUCUGAUGAACCUAGGACUACUAAUCAGAAAGGAGGAACUCUCUCGAUGCAGUUCCCACAAAAGAAUGAGGGGAAAGAGUUGAAGAUCCUCGUCCAGCCUGAGACACAACACCGAGCCCGCUAUCUGACUGAAGGCAGCAGAGGAUCAGUGAAGGACCGCACUCAGCAGGGCUUUCCUACUGUAAAGUUGGAGGGAGGGAACGAGCCAGUGGUUUUGCAGGUGUUCGUUGGCACCGAUGCCGGCCGCGUGAAGCCUCAUGGGUUUUACCAAGCCUGCAGGGUUACUGGUCGCAACACCACAGCCUGCAAGGAGGUUGAUAUUGAAGGCACAACUGUUAUCGAAGUGUCCCUGGAUCCAAGCUCCAACAUGACCCUAGCGGUGGACUGUGUUGGGAUCCUGAAGCUCCGCAACGCUGACGUAGAGGCUCGCAUUGGGGUGGCCGGAUCAAAGAAGAAGAGCACACGUGCUCGGCUCGUGUUUCGGGUCAACAUCCCCCGUCCAGAUGGUUCAGUGCUUACACUACAGACUCCCUCAUCUCCAAUCCUGUGUACCCAGCCAGCAGGAGUGCCUGAAAUACUGAAGAAGUCACUGCACAGCUGUUCAGUGAGGGGUGGAGAGGAGGUCUUCAUCAUUGGAAAAAACUUUCUUAAAGACACCAAAGUCAUAUUUCAGGAGAAUGCCUCUGAUGAGAAGUCAUGGAAGGCAGAGGCUGAAAUUGACAUGGAGCUUUUUCACCAGAAUCACCUGAUAGUGAAGGUUCCUCCCUACCAGAACCAAGCCAUCACAUCUAAAGUGUGUGUAGGAAUCUAUGUGGUGACCAAUGCUGGGAGAUCCCAUGACGUUCAGCCAUUUACUUACACCCCAGAUCCAGCAACACUCGAUGUUCCCGUGAAGAAAGAGUUGCCUUCUCCAGUGAAGACGUGUUCUUUUGAUGAGCAAAUUAAAGUUGUGGAUGGAUCCCUGAUGCCUUUGUUGUCUUUAGUGAAGAGAGAAGAUGUCACUCCAAUGGAGGUGACAAGCAACCUUCAGUCUUCAGGAGUAUUUAAGCAGACUGGUGAUCUGCGUCCAGCCCAGCAGAACUCUGAUAUGACGGCAGGACAUCUAAAUAAAAACAGAGUAUUCUCCAGCAACCUGUCUCAGCCUGCAGGUGAUCCUGACAAAGGCCAGGCUCCUGUUUUUACCAGCACUGAGCCCUUAAGCACCAUCCAGAAGCAGGACAUUGUUGCGGGCAGCUCGUUCUCUGUGCCUGCAGACUCUCUGCUUCAACAAGGAUCACAGCAGUUCCUCCUGGAGACCAGAGAUGGCCUCAGGCAAGAGAGGCCAGGUGUCAGUUCUGGAGCUGUGGGAAGGUUGUGUGGGGAACCUGCAUCUCAACCGCAGCAGCUGCCACUCUUUCCUCCAGAUGAAGUAGCCCAGCUGGAAGAAGCAGUGAGACAACUAAAAGCCAAAGGAUAUUGUAACUUAUCACUUCAGUCUGACAACCCUAUAACCAAACAGCAGCAGCAACACAUCCAGCAUCAGCAGCAGAUCCAAAAACAGCAAAUUCAGCAGCAGCAACAGCAGCAGCAGGUUAUGGAGAAUCUGCAGCAGCAGCUGUUUCAGUCACAGAUUCAGAUGCACUGUGCCAUGUUUCAGGAUGCAUCCCAGGCCAAGAAUGGAGAGCUUCAGGUCUCAUCGCCAGGUGUGGUGACUAACCAGGGGUCGCUUUUUCAGCCGGACCAGCAACAGCAACAACAGCAGCAACAACAGCAGCAGCAGCAACAGCAAGCAGCUCUUUUUCAGCAGGCAAAUGAUCUUCUUUCUAUCCAGACCAACUUCCUCCAGCAGACCCCCUCUCACUCUUCACCACCGAUGUUUCACAAUCCCAGCACUCUGGCAGAAACGCAGGAUCCACAGGGGGCGCUGUUUCAAAAAGCCUCCCAGGAACAGGUCCAGGCUGCACUCUUCCAAAGCACCAUGACAGUGCUACAGUCUCCAGAUCAGCAAGCCUCAUCCUCUGGACUUUUCCUCCCCCAGACCUCUCUGUCCAAUCAGCUUUCAACCAAUAGUUCCCAGCAACAGCAGCAGCAACAACAGCAACAACAGCAGCAGCAGCUGGCCUUCCUUAGCGCUUUACAAUCCUCCUCCCCUGAGCCACAGUCAGUAUUUCAGAACCAGAUCUCCCCCAUCCAGCAGAGAAGCCCCAUGGAGCAGGAGCAACCAUCUCAGCCUCAACACCACACACAGCCAGCCCAACAGGCCACCCUGUUUCAGAGCAUCUCCCCACAUUCAUCUACAAAUUCACUUUCUCCAGGCCAGCAGCAGCAGCAACAGCAGGCUGGCUUGCUGUUUUGCAGCAACACCCUUCCCACACCAGACCAGGGCUCUAGCAUCCUUUUCAGUAACCAAGGCCAGAUGCCUCCUUUGACCAACAACAGUCUAGUUUCUCAAGAGCCCCAAAACACCCCUCUGCCCUUUUCUCAAGCCAACAUGGUGACGGUAACCCAGCAAGAUCGCCCAGAACCCAUGACCUUAGGGAACCCUGGUGAACCACCACAGCAAGCCAUGUUUCAGGAGCAACAACCUAUGCAGCUGGGGAACAGCAGCAACAGAGAGGAGCAGCCUGUGGGUCUCUUCAUGCCUCAGUCCACUAUGGCCUCUCUGCAGGGGGGUCUGGCCGCUCAGGAGCUUGCACAAUCAGCCGUGUUUGCCUCCCAGAAUGGCGUGGCAAACCUCCAGACAACUACAUCCUCCCCUGUUCAACAGCCAGGAUCUCUGUUUCAAACAGCUGUCAGUGGGAGCGUCAAUCAAUCCAGCCAGCCUCAACAAGCUGGCCUCUUCCUUUUCGGUAUCCAGAAUGAAUGCGGCCAGUUGAUGGAAACUCCUGGAAACACGCUGUCAGAUCAGAUAAUAGCAAUCAGCCAGUCUGGUCAGAACCAGAGAGAGAGUGAAGUGCACAUCCAGUCCCUGCUCAGCCAGUCCCUCUCUCAGUCUGGUACUGUGCCGAACACCAUGUCUGCCUCUCAGAACAUGGAGAAGAUUGACGAUCUGCUGGUCAGCCUGCAGGAGCCGGGCAGCAACAUAACUCGUUCCUACUAAUUUUAAUGCAGGUUUAUAACUUUUUCUUUCUUUAAAAAGUUUUAUAUGUGGAAAGAUUGUAAAAAUUUGUAGGUCCAAAUAUUGUCUCUUAGGAAUUUUAUGUAGCUUAAACCUUUAAAAUUAACCCUCAGUAAUGUGUUUAUUUCUGGUCACCUAAUGUUUUUUGUUUUUUUCUGAACUAUAUGCAUAUGAUUUGGUCUUCUUUUAAGGGUGUGUUAGGAAACAACAGUUAAGAUGAGCUAAAGAUUUUAUAGUGACCAUGAAGAUAAAGUGGACAAAUUAAUAUUCGGAUAACUAAAAGAAACGAAACGCAAACAUCUCUAACUCAAUGACUGAAUGGCUGAAAAUGGCAAUGGACUCCAGAGAAGGAAACUUCUGUGAAACUUUGAAAGAUGUUGAAUUUAGUCCUCUGCAAAGACACUAACCAGCAAACCUUGGAAUUUGUUAGAUUUCUAUCUGUAAGUAGAAUUUCACUAAUGUUAUUUGCGGUAUCUUUUAGUUCUUGUGGUGUCUUCACAAAUCAUGUUAUUUAUUUAUUUUUUUUCGUUUUACUUUUUUAAAAACUUUUGUAUGUUGGUUGCACGGAGCAUGGAUUGUGUGACACAGUGAGAGGAGUGCGGUAUGUAGGGGUUGAAGGGGUGUCAAACUCGUUUUAGUUCAAGGACCACAUGAAAUCAGUUUGAUUUCAUUUCAGUGGGUGUUAGGGUAGUUGAAUUACUGAACUUCAACUUUAAAAAGUUUAAAAAACUUAAGUUAAUGAAUCCUCCAUUUUUCAAAAAGAAAACAAAAACCAACAGUCUGAGAUGUUUUUGGUUUAACUUCAGUGUAGCGUGACAGGCCAUGGGUUAUUUCUUUUUCAAGAGGGAGUUGGUUUAGACAGCCACUCUCAUUAGUUGGAUGAUUUUUAACUGACUUUUAACUACUGCUAUUAAAAAACCCAACAGACUGAAGAGGCCAAAGAUUGUGCAAGUUUUACAGUUUGUUAAAGUCUUCUAGUGGGCUGAAUUGGCUCCUCUGCCCUCAUGUUUGACACCCCUGGUAGGUAGCUUCUGUUGAGUCAUGUGAUCCAACAGUGUAGAAAGUGUGAAAGAAGGCUGGAGCAGGCAGAGAAAUGAGAGACAAAGGACGAGCUGUAAAAACGAAUACACACUAAUCUUAUGUAACAUCACGAUUAAGUUUUUAUGUUUGUGGGUGCAUAAUAUGUCAUUGUUGUAGCAGCAAGCUUGCACCCGAUAAUGUAAAUAAAUCCGCUUUAGUUGUCUUUGUCACAAAGUGACUUUGGUUUCAUUGAUGAUGGAAGCUCAGAUGCUCACUAGGUAUACUAUACUUUUAUGUGUUAUGUUUUGUUGCAAAUCAGUCUUGUCAAGGCCAGUUGAGUAGACUGAUGACUAUAAACUAAAAUAUUUGUAGUUCAAGCAAAGUUUGUCAGUGUGAUGGUCAGUGCAGAUGUGAAACACACACCAGUCAGCCACAAUAAUAAAACCUUCAAUAGUUUGAUGCUGUUUAUCGCCCUGCUGGAAGAACUUGGUUCCUGGCAUUCAUGAGGAUAUAACUGGACCUGUUGUUUGACCAGCGUAAAUGCAGCUCAAGGAACGUCAUGCUUCCCAGAUCUCGGUCAAGCAUCGACAGUUUGAGCUGGAACAAGCCUGGUCUACGGAGUCCUCAAUUUACUACCCACCAAGUCCCGAAGGAUCCUCGCCACCAGAGAUCAGGACUCCGUCAGAGGUGUUUUGGGGGACCCAUGCAAUAUUAGGAAGAUGGGUUUUAAUGUUGUGGCUGAUCAGUGUCUUUUUGAGUAUGAAAUACUUUGCAGUAUCCACCACAGUGUACAGGCUUUGUAAUGAAGGCGUGACACAAUUUAAGGCAUUUAAAAAAACCAAAAACAAAAAAACCCCAUCACUUUAAUGAUGCCGGUCCAUUAGAGAACAGUAAAGCCCACAGGAGGCAGCAAGUUUGCCUGAAGCUGCCUCUUCUGCAUUGUUUACAGUGAAUAUGAAUAUGGAUCAUAAAAACAAAUUACCACGAGAGUCUGAUUUAAGCCAGUAUCGCUAAAUGUGUCCAAAUUAGUUACUGUAUAACAAAAAUAUUUUAUAACAGUGUGUCUUUUUGACAUCCGUAUUACAACUGUCAGUGUUCAUUCACAGAAAAAGCUAAAACUUAUUAGAUUCCUGAAAGCCGUGCUGGAAAACUGGACAAAUCAGGAAAAACUUUAAGCAUUUAACAUUUUAAUGCAGGUAAUGUAACUUCAGAUGACCUAUAUCUCAUAUAUCUACAUGCACCUAGAGCAGAAUAUAUUAUAUAUAGAAUAUAUAUAUUAUAUUUUUUAUGAUGAGGGUUAGAUCAUUGUGUGCUUUAGUGUCAUUUUGGUGGUGUCAUUCUGCGGCAGGCACGCAUGAACAGGAGUAGUAUUCUUUUUUUUUUUUUUUUUUCUUCUUUUUUUUUAAAGCCUUUCCAGCAGGUUAUUAAUGUGAUUGAUUCAGUGAAUGUUGAAAAAGCAGCAACAUUCAUUAAUGCUACUGCACAUCUCAUCCAGGAUAGUGUAUUAACAUGCACGAACAGAGCCCGAUACUUAUGUUUUCUUGUAAAUGGAUAUUGUACAGUUUUUACAGACUUCAUGUCGCCGUAAGCAGUUGGCCAGUAACCUCUGGACCAAAGUUGGACUCAAAUCUUGCUCUGAAUGAAUCCAGGAAUGAUGGAAGGCCAGUUUUAUGGCUCAUGAGUUUUUAUUCUCUUUUUACAGACUUGCAUUUUAGCUUUAAGAUCAGCGUAGAUUUUUUUUUUUUUUCUUCCUUUACAGAAUUUACAGAUUUUAUUGUUAGACAUUGUUCUACUGUUCACGCUUUUCCCCUUAAUGUCAUGUCUAGUUUCCCUUUAAAGUGUGUGCACGAACAAGGGGCUGGUCUCUGAUAGAAUCGGCUCCGUUUUACGCCUCGUUGUUGCCGUGUUUUCUGUGUAUAGUUUGUCAGAAAUACAUCAACGCCGUUACAUUUUAUAUGCUAGGAUGGAGACGCUGUAAACUUGACUAAUGUAAUGUGUGGAGCUACAGUGCGUCAGUUGGAAGAGUUGGAGUGGUUUUUAAAGGGACCCGACUCCUGAAGAAAACCGGUCUUUGGAGAAAAGAGCUUUCUGAGAUUGGCUUUCUUCAAUUUGUGACAUUGUUUAAUAACUAAUAUUUCCAGUGUUGAGUAUUUAUGAUUUAAUUUCCUUUUGUUUGUAGAUACUACUACUUUGUUUUUUUUGUUUUGUUUUUUAUCAGUUUAGUACUUGUGCCUUUUUUCAGAGAAGUAUAUGUAAUUUAUUUGUGUGUUGGUUACUCUCCAAAUUGUAAUCAGAGCUGUGUUUCUAACUUCGUGAAUGACACCGAUUGUGAUUUGGCAGCCACCCCCCAAAGAGACACGCACACAUGCUGAUACAGGCACCUUGCAAUGGAUAUUUCUGUGCACAGUUCCUCCUGUGACUUGCAGAAGUUGUAGCUACAACGUUAAGCUGACGUCACAUGUUUAUUUAUGGUUUGUAAUUAGACCGAAGGUCCCAUGUGACCAAAUACUUAAAGACAGGGCAACAGUAUUUUUACAAUGAAUAUAACAAAUGUGCAUCACGGUUGUAAAAGUCUCAUUUUGAGCCACAGUGAAAGGUACACAUAUGGGGGAGGUGAUUCCUUUUUUUUGGGGGGGGGGUAAUUGUUUUCCUCAAUUAUGUAUAUUAUGUGUAAUUGUUGAUCAGAUAUGAGUGUGUUUCGCACAUUUACACCGUCGUGUAUGGAAAAGAAGAGGGAGGUUGUUGUUUUUGUUUUGUUUCCAAAAAAAAAAAGUUCUCAUGUUUUUUCUCAUUUUAUUUAAUUUUUGUUUUCAGUAGAACAAGAUGUGGUUUUCUUUUAUUAUUACCUAUUAAUAUUAUGUCAGCAGAGUCACACACAUUUUAUUUUUUUUCCAUAAACACUGCUUAAAACACCCAUAACGAUUGUACACGUGCCUUAACGAGAUGUUGUAGGAACAGUCAGAUUGUCGUUUUACCACUGGUGCUUGUUUAACAUCCCACUUGCCCCACCAGUGAUGGUUAGUCCUCAUUAAAUAGAAUGUUUCAAGCCAUAACACUUUGAGUGCACUUUAAGUGCUCGACAACAGUGACCAGAUAAAUGAGGUUGUGGUGGAUUCAUGUGUUGUGCAAUUUGUGUCAUAUCUGACUUGUUUGUACUGAAGUACCCAUUGCAUUUAUGUUGUUCGACACAGAUGCAGAAAAGAUUUUUCUCUGAAACUGCUAUGCAGCUAAUAAACCUUUUUAAAUGUA